UAGGUUUACUUGCUUUGUUUGUCCGGAGCUGUUUUGCCUUCAGACUGACCCGAGAGACGACAGGAGACGCUCCGCUUGAAAUCAACACUAAACAGUUUCUCUGUGACCGAGUUGCGUUAUAAGCAGCUGUAACUGCGUAUUCAUCAGGCUAUAACUGUGUAAUAACACUGACAGAGAUGCCGUCCGACAGACCCUUCAAACAAAGGAGGACAUUUGCUGACCGGUGCAAAGAGGUCCAGCAGAUCCGCGAGCAGCACCCCAACAAGAUCCCCGUGAUCAUCGAGCGAUACAAGGGAGAGAAGCAGCUGCCUGUUUUGGACAAGACCAAGUUCCUGGUGCCUGAUCACGUCAACAUGAGCGAGCUGGUCAAGAUCAUCAGGCGUCGGCUGCAGCUGAACCCCACACAGGCCUUCUUCCUGCUGGUCAACCAACACAGCAUGGUGUCGGUGUCCACACCCAUCUCCGAGAUCUACGAGCAGGAGAGAGACGAGGACGGCUUCCUCUACAUGGUCUACGCCUCGCAGGAGACCUUCGGCUGCUAGGGAGGGAGAGGGGGAUGCGGGGAGGGAGAGCGGGACAUCUUCAGGUGCUGGGAGACUUGGGGGGAGGGUAGAGGGAUGAGGGAUUUUGGGAGAGGGCGGGGGUGGCACUAGAAGGUAAAAGAGAGGCAUGUGGUGUCAGAACCGACCAGAAACCACCCAACUCCAUGAUCCUCUCCACUUUGUUGCAUUGCAGGCCCACGUAGCAACACAGUCAGUCAGUGUUCAUGUGACAGACACCCCCUUGUCCCUCUCUCUCCGUCGUAGUCGAGCACCUUUCUUCAUAUUGGUCAGUAAAUACAACACUAGCUACAAUAGCCAGAGGACAUCGUUUGUGUCUUUCCCGCCCUCAGAAUCCUACCUGUGAUCGUUCUGAGUGCUUUUAUUUCAUCUCUCUGUCCCGCUUUUGGUCCCACGUGGACUGCGGUCUCUUAUUUUGAAAGGGUGGGACAAACCAAUGACUUAAGUAGUUUGGAAGCUGUCUGUAAAGUUCCACAGAAGCGCUAUUGAUCUAUUGAUUUUCAUCCUUAAGGCUACACACACACACACACAUGCACACACACACACACAUGCACACGCACACACACACGUAUUAGACGAAGCUAAACUUGAAAGCAGGCGGUUGCUUGCGAGCCAGUCACAGUUCAGGAUGUAAUUUGAAGCUUGGCUGAAGAAGCCACUGAUAUAUACGCAGGUGAAAACACAGCACAGUGUGGUUCAUAACUAUCCAGUAAUCUGCUGUGUCAGUCUAUAUCCUCAUCGUUGCAACAGCAGUAGUAGAAGCUAGAAGAUAAGACUCGUAGUGAUUCUUGUUUUACCGUUUUAACUUUUUUAACUCACAUCUUAGUUUGUUUUCUUUUUUUAAAUUCUCGUCUUUUGUUUGAAAUAUUAUCCGUAGUUUAGGUUUGUGUUAUGUAACUAGUCCUGAGUUUGUUUUAAUCAUACAUUUACCGUCAGCCUGAAGCUCAACUUGCCAACUCGAUACUGGCUACCGAGUAGCUGACAAUCAGGCUCGAAACGACCGUAAUCCUGGUCGACUUAUUAGCAUUUACAGUAAUUUCACAUGUGCAAUAUUUAUCCCUUCAAGCCCCUGCAGGUUUGAGAGACACACGAGAACAGCGGCACUGUUGGGUGACGCUGUUAAACAAAUAUCAUCUGUCCUACUCCACCCCCACCCACCCACCCACCCCCUCAUCCACCCACCCACCCACCCACCCCCUCCUCUGUAAAGCUACUGUGAUGUACUAAACGUAGCCACUCGCUGCUACAGCUGUUAUUCACAGACUGAUGUUAAUGUCGUUUUGCCCCAUAAGCACAAUACACCUUAGUAUCACUACUCACCUGUCUUCCUGCACAAGCCCCCACCUCCACCUCCACCUCCACCUCCACCUCCACCUCCACCACUACAUUUAACCACAUUUAACGUGACAAACAAGCAGUCAGGUUUGAAUGGAAACACCGGGGGGGGGGGGAGAUGCUCUCUGAUCCAGCAGUUUUGAUUCUGGCUCUUGCUUUUUCACGCUCCGUCGUGUUUUCUUAAAGUUGAAUUUACAAAUUAAAACACUAAUUUAGGAAAUGAACAUUUUUAGAAAGCAAGCUGUUGGUUCGGAGCGGCAGCGCAGGAGGCGGAAGCUGACUCCACAGUGGUGAACGAGGGGUCACAAGCACUAACAAUGGGGAUGAUUACAGAACAGGAUGCUUUUAUUUUGACACACUGUGCGACACACUGUGUUUUUCUCUUUGGCAGGCAGCGAAACGCCAAUAAAAUUAUUCCGUUUUGUGUAUUGAGCAGAGCUGACGCAGCCCGCGCUGUGAAGCCAGGAUGUAAUCAGACCUCCGGUAAAACUUCUCAGACCCCGGUUUAAUAUCUUUUCUCCACUGUGAGGCCGACGUCUCCUCCCGGCCUCGCGUCACAGAGCUUGUAAGAUCGCCGCGUGUGUCAUGGUAGCAUAGAGUCGAGCAUUAGACAUAAUAAAAUGUAUUUAAUGUAGGAAAUGAAUGAGCUUCUUUUGCACAUAAAUUAAUACAAAUAUAAACAAGAGUUGGCAUAGAGGUUUGUUUUUAGAAAUUACUGUAUCUAUAUAAUAAUUCUCUCUUCUUUUUGUAUCUGCUCCUCUUCUGUAGAGCGCUGCUGCUCUUUAUCUGUACGUUUGUCUGCCUUUGUUUAAUAAGACUUUAUAGACGAAAAAAAGGUUAUGAUGCACUACAAAUGUUGCAUGUUUUUUUUUUUAUUAUAAAUGUAUAUUGAUUUUACGCUAUAGAUAUAAUUGUAUUGUUUUAUUUAGAAAAAAAAAUAAAAGUCUUUUUAGAUGUUUCCCAAACCAAAAACUGAAAAUAAGUGUAUGUGUAUGUUUGAAACAAACGAAAAAACCGUGUGCGUAUAAACGAUCAUAUAAUCGAGCUGUAUUACAAAGUGUGUUUUCUUUAGGCUUUCUGAUAUUGUCACUGUUUGGAGGGGUGUACAUAGAUGCAUUGCUACAACCUUAUUCAAAGCAUUUGCCAAUAAAUAAAAAAAAAAAAGUUGCCUUUAAA